AUGCAAAAAAUUGUUAGUUUUUUAAAAAAGAAAAAAGGAGAUACAACAAAUUGGUCAAAUUUUGAUAGAGAGGAUUCAGAAAAUGAUAGAAUAAAAGUUAUACCAAAAAAAGGAUCAACUUUAGAAACUCAAUAUAAUAGUACAAAUUAUCAUCAAAUACAAGGAAAUGGUUCAAAUAAUAAUAGUUAUAAUAAUAAAAGCAUUGGAGGUAGUGGUGGUAGUUCAGUCGCAAAUCAAAAUCAAAAUCAGAAUAAAAAUAAUGGAGAGGGCAGUCGUGGAAUGGUGCAUAGUCCAAGUAAUAGUUCUAUUAGCAGUUCAGGCAGUACAACAAGUAAUUCGACAAAUAAUAAAGUUAAAAAUAAUAGCAGUCAUAAAAAGAAUAAAAAUCAAACCCAAUCACCAAAUCAAAAUGAUGGAGCCGAUUCAGAUGAUUUUAUUCCAGGAGAAGUUAGAUCAAUUUCGAAGAUUUUAGAUUUCAGUAAAUCUGAAAGAAAAUGGUUGUCAUCAUUAAAUAUUCCUCAGGAGUUAUUGGAUCAAAAUAUUCAUGUACUAUUAAACGUUUUAAACUUUCUUUCAAGAAAAGAAGGUAUUUUAUAUAUUCAAGCUCAAAAUAAUCAUAGUAUAAUCUCAAAUAAUAGUAGUAGUAUAACACCAUCAACAAGUUCAUCAAAUUUAUAUCAAAAUCAACAACAACAACAAAUUCAUCAACAACAAAUCCAACAACAGCAAAUUCAACAACAACAACAACAACAACAACAACAAACUUUAAAUACAAUUAAUGAAGAUAAUCAAAACUGUACAUAUAAUCAACAACCAACAUCAAAUCAAUCAACACCAAUUUUAACAAUCCAACCAUCUCAACAAUUAGUUAAUAAUCCACACAAUAGUAGUAAAUCAAAUUUAAAUAACUUAUUAAACAGUAGCAGUGGCGGUACAAUUAGUGUAGUUCAAGACGGUGCAAUACCACCCCAGCCAAUGAGAAGAAGUGAUUAUAACCGUAUUUUUAUAGAGCCAGGAAAAUAUUAUGCUUUUCCAGAAGCCGAAAGCUAUGCACUAGCAAGAGUAGUCAUUGAAGAAGAAGAUCCUUCAAAACUAUUUAGAACUGGUGAAAAUCCUGAAAUUAAAGGUGCCUUUGGUACUGUGUAUCAAGUUUUCUAUGUAAAUGGUCAGUAUAAUAAUAUAGAUGUGGCUUUAAAAAAAAUGGAUCAUAAAUCGGAAAAAAGGAGAAGAAAUAAUUUAAAUGAGAUUUCAAUUCUAAAAUAUUUAAAGCAUCCAAACAUUGCAACAUAUAUAAAUAGUUAUGAAAAAAAUGAUGAAGAAAUUUGGAUGGUUAUGGAGUAUAUGGAUGGAGGAACAAUUAAAGAAGCUGUAUCCAACUUUUCAUUUAACGAAAAAUAUGUAGCUUAUAUAACAAAAGAAAUUUUACAUUCACUAGAAUAUUUACAUUCGAUCAAUAUUGCACAUAGAGAUUUAAAAAGUUCAAACAUUAUGAUUAAUAGUAAAGCUGAAGUUAAAUUAAUCGAUUUUGGGUUUGCAAUUGAUUUAACACACUUAAAACAAGAUAUUAUGAUGUGUGGUUCACCCUAUUAUAUGUCACCAGAACAAAUUCAAGAUAAACCUCAUGGAUUAGCAGUUGAUAUUUGGAGUUUAGGUAUUGUAGUAGCAGAAAUGGUUAGAGGUUUCGUACCACAUCGUAAAUCAAAAAUUAAAGCAAUGUUUUUAGCAGGCACUGUUGGUAUUAAGUUUUCCAAAGAAAAGAGAUCUGCUUGUCAUUGGUCUACCGAGUUAUUUGACUUUUUAGAUUGUUGCCUACAAAUAGAUCCAUCCAAAAGAUUAACCCCAACUCAAUUACUUCAGCAUCCUUUUAUUGCCACUGCUGCAACAAAACAAGAAACUUUGGAUUUAUUACCACUCUUAUUUAUGUCAAAAACUUUAUCAAAAUUAUCUAGAAAUAACUAUUAAUAAUAAUAAUAUACAUUAAAAAAUUUUAUAUAAUACCCUAAUCCUAAUAAAAAAUAUAACAACUAGUAAAUAAAAUCUAGAAAUGAAGAAAUAAGUUUCAAAUUU